CUACUAUAUAUAUAUAUAUUGUCCCUCAAGUAUGGAACCACCAAGUUAACUUUAGAAAAAAUAUGACCCUUGCUCGAUUCGAACUCAGAUCCAUCGGAUUCGUAAUCAAAGUCCUCCUCACUGACAAGAAACCAGCAAAAAAUAAUUUUAAAGCAAAGUCAAAAAUUAUUUAUGGACAAGGUAAACAUAAUAUGGUUGAUACGAGACAACCCGGAAGGAAAAAAUGGCGAAAGACUGAUGACACUGAAGGGGGUUUAACGAACGAUGGAAGUGAUAUAUCUUUAUCGCGGUUGUCUACUAAGUUAGAUAUUGAUGACACAUUGAAUUCAACUUUCGAAAUUUCACCAGGAGAAUCCUCUAUAUUUGCACCCACGAACAGAACGAAUCGAUCUACUAGGGGGGAAAUAAAAAAUAUAUUUGGGCACUCAAUAUAUUUUCAAUCAACGUCAACACCUUCGCAGAAGUCAACCAAAUACGGUAAACAAAAGGUUAAAAAUGUGGAUAGCCAUCUUAUUUGUGAAGACUUAAGCAUGACAACAUCGAUGCGUAUGACUAGGUCGAGGAUAAAUAAUUUGAAUAAUAAAGAAAAUAUUCUUCCCUCGAAUUGUGAUAAUAAUUCACAGGUUUUUCAUAAAACGGUUGGAGAAAUGUCUGCAAAAGAAACAACGAAUGAUUUUCCAUCCUAUAUAAAACCGCGCAAAAAGCCGGCAACUAUGGCGGAAAAAAUAGAUUAUGAAAGUAAUGUUUCGAUAUCUGUUGAUGAAAAUACUAGUCGACUGAUAAAAUCAGCUGAUACGCCAACAAAGGUUUGUUCAUCUGGUAGGGUAUUCAAAAAAGCGCUAGAAAAUAUGGCCGAACUUAAAAAGGAAAAGAUUUCAAACAAAAUAGCUCUGAAUCAACAUUCAAAGAGUCUAAAGUCAAAAAGUAAUCAGCAAACACUUAAAAAUGGGGAUAAAGCGUCUACAAAAAUGUAUACAGACAAAAUUACCGAAAUACACCAGAAAGUAUUUGAUAAAAUGGAGAAUAUACAAGAAUAUCAGAAUCGAAAAGAUGCCAAAGUGAACAGAUAUAUGACGAUAUGGGGAAAGGACAAAAUGUUAAAUAGAAAUACACCGAAGAAAGGCUUAGGGGCUAACUCACAAAAUGCCAACUACUUAUUUAAGGGUACAGAUAUUCCUAAGAUGGAUCCUAAUUUCAAAUUCAUGCCUUUAAAUAGUAUCGAACAAGCCAAACCACCUUCUAAUAAGAAAACGAGAAAUAUAUCCAAAAGAAUCACACAAUUAAUCAGAAAUCCAACGAUAAACAAUUUACCUAAAGAUCCUCCCAGAAUGAAUCAAAAUUGUAAGUUCGCACCUUUCGGCAAGAUUAUUUCAUCCAUUUCCAAUUUGCAAACUUUUAAAAAAUCUGUCAAACCUUCCUUUAAUGAAAACGGAAAAGACACAAUUGCAUCUUCAAGCCAGAUAGUACCUCAAAGAUCCAAUAAUAGCCUAUUGUCUCGAAUACCAGAGGGCUCGGUUCUUAAAAAAAGAUUAGCCUACGAUCCCAAAUCCAGCCAAUCAAAACCAACUUAUAAAAUUUACGAAGGUCGAAUAAAACCAUUGACCAAAUCUCCGCUCAAAUCUUGUAAACAUGCAAGCAAUAUCGCUAUGAGAAUUAAAACUUCCGCUAACGUAUUUAAGAGUCGGAACAAGUCGAGACACCCUGCGAACGAUAACGAUAAACUUAAAAAAAAUUAUCUCAAAAAUAUAGGAACCAUGUUUGGAAUGUAAUUGAAAUUUGUAUAUAUACAAAGUUGUAACUGGAGUCUCUUUCUUUUUUCUCUCUCUAAAUUAAUUUAAUUUUAUAAAUACUGUUUAUUUUUAAAAAAGAAAAAAAACCAUGAAUGCCUACUUUUUAAAGAAACUUAUUUAUUUAU